GAGGUAGAACACUGCAUGGCAAAGCAGCACUUGCCACAGGCACACCACUGGGUUCCUCUGGCAAGACUCUUCAGCAGCUUGCGGGGAAGAGUUUUAUCCCAGUCAGACAGCUGUGCCUCGAAGUAUCAGGUUUUGCGUAAGGCUAAGACAUCUAUCCAGAAGCUGGAGCAAACCUUGUGUUCUUUGCUGAAGAUGAAAGCCAGCUGCAGUCUGGAGGAUGGGAGCCCAUCCAGCUUGGAGGAAGUCAGGGAGGAAUAUGUCAGGAGGCAAUUCGGCAGUCAAAGCACUACAUCAGCCUCAGAAGAUAUGAGUGAAAGUGAUUCUGCCAUCUGGUAUUUGCUUCAAGAAUGUGAAAAACAAACACUGGAAGAAUAUGAGAAGCCAGAAUUGAUCCAGUUUUCAGACACUUUAUCCCCAGAUCUAGUGGAAUUUGAACGAUACCUGUAUUUUUAUAAGCACACAGUGGACCUGCUGGUAGAGCAUGGAAUUGUUUGCACUGGAGAGGUGCCUCUUCCUGAGGUCUCCACAGCUAUUUCCCAUCUCUGGCAAGAGCUUUCUGAAGAGAGCAGGGACAGCAUCUUGCAGUACUGUAGCCAGAGAGAUUUCCUCAUGGAUCCCAAGGCUGCUUGCCCAGAGCCUGCUUGCACUGAAGGUAGUGUGAGGGACAGCGGAGGUAACAGUGAGGAAGCCAGUGGUUCCUCAGUCUCCACACCAGAGGAAGUGAUGUUUGAAGAUGCAUUUGAUGUUGCUGCUGGUUUCCUUGACAGAAGCAAGGCUCAGGGAUUGUCCAGCCAGAGUUCAGCAUUUGCAAGCUGCACUUCUGAAAAUCCAGAGGAUCACCAGAGACUCUAUGUGCAGGUCACUGACUUCCUAAAACAGCUCUUCUUCACUAAUACACAGUUUUGCCAGGAAGAAGAUCUUCACUAUGAUCAUGAGACUGUGAUGCUGCGGUGCACGGAGACCUUCGAUGAUGAAGAUUUCUAAGCAGUGUCUCCAGCAAUGUUUUGCCAAGCCCUGCCAGGUACACCAGGCAUGGGA